AUGAAUAAUGAACUUCAGAUUGGUCUGCUGACGAAGAGGAGUCUGAAGAAUGGCGACUUGCAUCCUGGACUCUACUGGUUCAGACUCCUAGUCUACAUUCUUCUAAAAAUUAUAGUCGGCACGACGUUUCUUCGAACGAACAAAGAUAUAACGGAUGACAUUACGAUGAAGAUGAUGUACUUUGUGCUGUGCUACGUGGUCAUUCUAGCAAUCUCCGCUGUCCCAUUUUUAAUCGUUAUGCGACCAGUUUUCCUCAAAGAAAUAUCCAAUGGUUUAAUUGACACGGGGCAGUAUGUCAUCGCAACGUUUAUAGGCAUGAUACCUGGUGUGUUGGUGAUUUCUCUUGUGACGUCACUCAUGAUUGUGUACAUGCCAGAUGUAAAUGGGUUCGGUAUCUUCUUCGUCACCACCUCCCUCGUCCUCAUGAAUGCAGAGUCCUUCAUGUACAUGAUGUCCACAUUCACAGACGAGCACGUGACUGCCACUGCCAUGGCGGCCGCCUUCUUCGGCACAUUCUUGAUAUGUUGUGGAUUCCUUCUACAGAAAAGCUUUUGCGAUCACCUCAUCCCGGAUUACUGGAUAUGGAUGAACUAUCUAGCCUUCCACACAUAUGCACAGAGAGCCUACAUAUACACUCAUCUGGACGGAGUGGAUGGGAACAAGACCGAUGAAGCGAUUGCGAAGCAUCUUCUGCAAGAGAUUGACAUGGAUGACGUGGACAUAGGAGUGGAGCUGGGAGUCCUGACCGGAUACAUGUUCACCGUGUUCUGA